UAAACUUUUUCUCUUCGGCAUUUUCUUCAGCUUCUCGCUACUUCCAUCCAGUCGGACAAUUAAUGUUGCCCUUGUGAGGGUGAUGUGGCCUCAGAGUUUUAAACUCUGUGCAUGAUCAUUUUCCUCCUCAUAUUCCAUGAGCCUGAACUUAAUCCUUAUCUGCAUAUGAAGUAAGUUGUGCAGCCUUCAAAACAGAGCAAGUUUCCAUGUUUUCUUAUAAAUCCUUACCCAAGGUUUUGAUUCUUGCAGAUAGCGCUCAGUGCCCUUGCUGGCAUCGGCUGGCUCUCUGGCGUGGAUGGGCUGGGAACAUCAUCCUGGCGGUAGCUGUGAUCGUGUUUGGGGUGAGUCAGACUGGAAGACAGAGAACAGCAAAUGGAAUUGAAUGUAAUUCCAGCCUGAAGGUUUCCCAGUCUUGCUUGAAUCAAAGUUUGUAUCCAAAGCCAGAUAACAACUCAACAGAGGGCUAUGGAUGCAAACUCUGCCCCGCUGACUGGCUGCCGCACAAGAACAAGUGCUAUUGGGUCUCUAAAGAAAGUAAAACCUGGAGUGAGAGUCGUGAGGACUGCUCAGCGAAGAGCUCUCAGAUCCUGGUGAUCCAGGACAAGGAGGAGAUGGCGUACGUACUGAGUAUUCCACAGCUGAACCUGGUCUGGCUUGGACUCCGGGUUCCAUCCCCAGAGAGGAAAUGGACCUGGGUGGACGGCGCCAUGUUCGAUGAAACACUGUUCCAGCUAAAAGGCACUGCUGACAGGGAGAGCUGUGGGAUGAGCAAAGGGAACCGCACUAUUUCGGAAACCUGCAUGGCUGUAGCUAAAUGGAUUUGUGAGAAAGUUCCCCUGAAAUAAGCAGUCACACCAGUGAGCUGCACUUGCGUAACUGAAAUAGCAAGCACCCUUGUUUUUUUUUUUUCUAAAAGAAAAAACAGAUUUGCUAAUUGAAGAAUUCUAAAGUCUCAGACAAACCCAUUUUCCAAGGAAUCAUAGAAGAUACAGGGUUGGAAGGGACCUCAGGAGGUCAUCUAGUCCAAGCCCGUGCUCAAAGCAGGACC